UUCCUCUCUUUCCAUAAAAAUUCCUUCAUAUACUUACUACCACCCCAGCUACGCGAUUCAGCAUCCCUGCAACACCAUGAUUCUCAGCGGACUUGAAGUCCUCACCCGCCAAUUAGUGCGGAAUCUUCGCGGUGCUACCCAGCAACAACCAUGCGGUGUCGACCUUACUCUUCGUCAGAUCUCUGAAUGGUCAUCUGCAGCAACCAUUGACUUCGAUAACACGAAGCGCCAGGGGGCAAAAACCUCCAGCUUGUCCUUUGACAGUAACAGCCACGGCAUCACACUGUACCCAGGCGCUUACUUGGUCGAUUUCAACGAAACCGUUCACGUUCCACGGACUUGCAUGGGAAGCAUUUUUCCGAGGUCAUCGCUCUGGCGGUCCGGAGUCGGAAUCACCACUGGUGUCGUUGACGCCGGGUAUGAAGGUGCUCUAGGUGCUCUGAUCGAACUCGCCCAGAUUGUAUUUGAGAAACUGAGCGAAACCGUGGAAAGAUACAAUGGUAUUUACCAGUCUGCGACGAGCAGUGCUGAGCGUGAUGGGACUGGCCAGCCUUCGAAAUCCUAA